GUGUGUGUGGUGAGGAUCCUCUAUAGACGGCCUUAAUGGGUGGAGGCCAACAGCAGAAAACAGGAAGGUGCUGAUAGGAUGCUCCAAAGUUCGCCGGCACACCAGAGGAGCGCUAGAUCUUGCUCCAGAUCGACUGCAGAUGGACAGCCGGGGAAGGACUCUAUCAUUGCACAAAUGAAAGCGAUCGAAGAAUGUCCCAGCGUACAACUUAAUGUGAUUUUUCUCAUUUGUGGAUAUGAGGUUUCUAGGAAGAGUCUUGUGGAAAUAAUGAGAGGACUGUGUCUCUGACCGCUGGAUCAUUAUUUGAAGCUUCUCAGUUGGAGAUAUUGUUACUCGUCUGGAUAUGUGGCCUCUGAGUGUUGCCAUUUUUUUGCUCUACUUUGCAGGUUGCUGGGCUCAGAGCUGUAAUCGGACGAAGGCUUAUUUUGAGUCCUGGAAUUUCUUCAGCGUUCUCCAUUGGGACCCUGUUGAUGUUCCUGGUCAAACGCUUCUCUACAGCGUCCAGUUCAACCUUUAUGGGAAACCGUAUGAACCGGUGACGUGGUGCCAGAACAUCUCCACUCCUGUUUGUGACAUGACGGAUGUGAUGACCCAUGUGAUGAGCGAUGUGACCUCUAAAUAUCAUGCCAAGGUCAGCGCCAGUGGACAGUGCCUGGCUGAGGUGAUGUUCAAGCCGUUUUGGCAAACCACUUUUGCAGCACCGCAGCUGUCAGUAACGUCAAACCAAACCCAUCUGAAUGUGACGGUUUUGCCGCAGAUGACAGCUUGGAGCUGCUCUAUUGAGAAUAUCAGCUUUUGGGGAAAAGGUUUCCAGAGGCCCUCCAUUAAGUACACAGUUCGCCUGACACAUCCCAAAUCAUUGGCGGGAAAGGUAUUUGAGGACACGUCUCGCUCAGUGUUUAUUUGGCUUGUGGAAACAGACGAGCAGUACUGUGGUGAUGUGUUAUAUACGCUCACACAUCCCGGUCGGUCCAGUCCCAGUGAAAACGCCUCCUUUUGUGUGACUGUCUCAGGUGAUUCACAGUCUGUGCUCGUGUAG